GUGAAAACAUAAAAGCGAAUGCAAAGCUCAAGCCAUAUGCAUUGGAAUUCCCACCGUCAUACGAAGCCUGCUGAAUAUGAUUUAGAUGUACGAACAAGCACAUUGACACCACAUUCGGCAUUUUGCCACUUCGCAUGCGACUCCUUGGGCCAUGGAACAAUCGUAUGAUUUCACAUCCCAUCUUUAUUGUCCAUCGGUAAUUUCUGACGUCCCACAAUAUGUUGUCCGCUGUCUGUCCCUUGGCUCAUACUCGAGCCACUUUUGCUUUGCUCAUUAUUGCACGGACCUUGUUCCACAGUUCCACAUUCCACAUUUCCACACCUCCACACUUCCGUUUCUCAUAUAUAACCCCCAUGGAUUCCCUGAUACCGACAUCAGACCUUUUCCAUCUGCCCAAUUCAUACCCUCCCCAUCUACUUCAAUCAAAAAUGUUCUUCCUUCCCCCCUUCGCAGCUGACCUUCCAAAGCUGCCUUUGGAAAACAUGGAGGCACACGCAGUCAAUCGCCUGACCUGGAUUGCAGGAUAUGACAUCGAAACCCACGAAUGGGUGACAUUCCAGGGUCUAGAUUGCGAUGAAUCUUACGAUAAACGUGCGUGGAGAAAGCUGGUCAAGGACCAACAGACUAUGGAACGCAUGCAAUCCUUAUUAGAUACCAUUGGAUGUUCACCUGAUAUUCCACAGUCAGAGACAGUUCUGGAAGGCAUGAAUGUCGUCCUGAGAGGGGCCUUAGGGACGGGAAAAAAGACAGUUGCUUAUGCAGUCUGCAAUAUGCUCAAGCGCCCGAUACUUGACAUUCGGGUGAAUGACAUCCCAUACCUUGCCGAUGUGAAACCGUGGGCCGCCAAAUUAGCAUCGCUUGCGAUCAAGUGGAAUGCCUUGAUAGUCAUAGACCGCGGGGAUAAUAUCAUGAGGUCUGAAUGUGCAAACAAUCGAGAACGCAUCAACUUGAUGAUUCGAGCAUUUGAGUCGCCCGGAUGUAUCUGUCUGUGGCCCUCGGUGUUGACGGACGAACAGCAGGCACUACUCAGGCCGUUCUCUGCUGCCAUCGAAUUCCCUGAUCUCGAUCUAGCAGCCCGUCGCAAACGUUGGCUACAACUCUUUGGCCGAGACGACCUGGUGGCAACUAUCUUUAGCAGCAAACACGCAUCCGUCCCUACCGUGAGGGACACGGAGGUGUGUGCCUUCCUUCGGGAGAUUGAGAAAAUCUCUUGGUACGAACUCGAUGCAUCGGACAUCCAAGACUUCAUGAAUAUGGCACGAAGAUUGGCUGGGGAACAAGAUCCAACCCCUCAGCACGUAAGGGAGUGUCUCAGAUUGUGGGACGUGCCCCUUUCUGUACGGAGCAAGGUAGUGCGGUUUUUAGCGCUUCAUGAGAUGCAUCCACGUAAGGAACCCAGUUUAUUUAGAACACGGUGAAGAUGUUAUGCCUGUUUGAAAUAUUUGCUUGCUAUUUUUUACUCUAUAUAUGUGUUUAUGGCUCACGAUACUCCACUGGCAGUCACUUACUUGUCAUUAUGUAUAUGAAAUACCCAUGUCAUGAAAGAGACGGAGGACCUGAGGCUCGUGAUCGUUAGCUUAUUGCUUCUUGUAUGCAACACGGUCUGGGAGAGCACUAGGU